AUGCUGAAGACUCAGAGGCCAACUAACAGUAACAGACAAUCCAGAUCAAGGGUUGAUUUCAAAAUCUCCAAUUUACAAGCCCUUCAGGUGCCAAAAGGAUGGGACAGGCUAUAUGUGACUAUAAUUCAUGUGGAAACAGGAAGAACAGUGGCAAAACUGGGAAAAGCAAUUGUUAGAAAUGGUGGCUGCCAGUGGAUAGAUACAAUAUCUGAAUCUAUCUCCAUCACAAGAGAUGAUUCUUCUAAAGAAUAUGAAGGAUGCCUGGUCAAGCUGAUUUUGUCCAUGGGCUCAACAAGAUCCAGCAUUCUUGGAGAAGCAAAUAUAAAUCUGGGACAGUUUGCAAGUUCAAGAGUUCCAAGUGCAGUUUCACAGCCUCUAAAGAAAUGCAUUUAUGGAACAAUUUUGCAGCUCAAAAUUCAGUGCGUUAUUCCGAGAUCGAAAACCGGGGAUGAAGAGUCAAAAAGCUUGAGCUUUCGAGAAAAAGAUCGACACUUGCUCAAUCACGAAGUCGAGACCAAUUUACACACAUCGGAUAAUUCAAGCGAGAGCACUCCGAGGGCUGCUGACCGGGCUGUGAUCUCGAGUCCUCGAGAGUUGGAUAGCAAGGAAACAAGUCAAACCUCGUCUAUUGAGUCAAUGGAGGGUUCCAUGUUGAACGAAAAUCUAUCGACCAAACGUGCGUUCGAGAGUGAAAAGUGUAAAUUGCUCGAAAAUCAAGCAGAGAGCAUCUAUAAUAACGUUGCUUCCUCAAAGAACCAUCUAGAAGCUUCCGAACGCACGGCCGAAGCCAAAAUGUGGGAGAGGAACGCGAGGAAGCUAAUGGUUGAUUUGGACCUAUCGAGAAAAGAACUUUCCGAUGUCUUGAAGAAGCACUCGGAGUUAACGAUCGAACUCUCGGCCGCACGUGCGGAGCACGACAGCCUAAAUAGAGAAGUAGAGAAGUUAAAGCUCGAGUUGAAAAAAUCGACCGAGAAUCAGUGUACUCGAGAUAUGAUCGCCAAAUCCGAAAAUCUGAGUCAGAUGCAGAAGGUAUUGGAAGACGAGAUGAAGUAUCAGCAAGAUUUGAAUGAAAAUAUCGGCCACCAGCUGAAAAGAAGCCAAGAGUCGAACGUCGAGCUCGUUUCUGUUCUUCAGGAGCUUGAGCAGACCAUAGAACAACAGAGGAUCGAGAUAGAGAAGCUUUCGUCUCUAAAGAAAUUGGAAGCCGAUUUUAAGUUGCUCGAGCAAGUAUUGAGAGAUAAAACCGAUGAUUUGGAUAAUGAGCGAAGGUCGAACAGAGAAAAUCUGUUACUGCUCGAAAAGGAUUUCGAAUUUAAGUUAUCUGCCAAGGAAGAGGAGAUUGCAAGCUUAGAAGCAACUUUGUCGGGUUAUGUUAAGGGCGAUCAUUUUGAGGCGUUGGACGAUAAUAACGUGAGCAAUUUGGAUGUCGUUAGAGAAAACGAAAUGUUGAGAGGAAAAAUUCGAGAGUUGGAAAAGGAUUGUGGUGAGCUCACGGAUGAGAAUCUCGAGCUUUUGUUCAAGCUCAAGGAUUUGAAUAAAAUCGCAGGAAUUGAGAAAUGCUCUUCUUUCGACUCGAUUUCGAGCGAGCACCCCCCGACUGUUUGUCCAAGUGACGAGUCCGAAGCAAGUGAUGUUAAAUUUCAACUUUCGAUUAAAACCGAGCUUCAGAAGAAUUUAGAAGCUCUAGAAAGGAAAAAGAAUGAUUUGGAACGUGAUUUAUCAGGAAUGCAACAAGAAAAUGUUCGGUUAUGGGAGAACGUAUCGGGUCUCGAAAGUCAAAUUACGCAAUUGAAAGACGAAAGUCUGAAAGAAAGAGAGCACUCCAAAUCUUUGGCUAAGAGUCUUAAGGACGAUAUUGGGAAACUCAAAAGAAAAUCCGAAGAUUUGGAGAGUCAACUGUCCAGAGCUCGAGAAGAGUGUGAGUACCUUAAAGAGGAGAAUAUAAAUUUACAGAAUUUUAAUAUGAAAGCCUCUCAUGAAAUUUCGCAUUUGAUAGACGACAAGUCUAAGCUUCACGAUUCACUUAAGGAAGCUCGGUCGAAAGCCGAGCUAAUCGAAGAUAACCUUAAAGCGGCCGUGGGAGAAUAUGAGUUAAAAGUUGAAGAUUUGACAGGUCAGCUAGCUUCUUCUGAACAAAGUCACAAGAAUCUGGUGGCUGAACACGAAAGGUAUCUACAACUGCUGGAAAAUUACAAAAUAAGUGAAGAGAAAAUGAAGAUUGAACUGAACGAGCUUGAAUCAAAUCGUACUUUGAAGGCUCAAAUGCAAGAUGAAAUUUCAAUCCUGAAAGAUGAGCUCGAAAGAUGUAAAGCUGAUAAGGGAAAACUGGAGCGUGCGCUGAAGAUGGUCUCUGGCGAUUUGGAAGAAUUCGAGGCGGAGAAUGUAUUGCUUCGUGAAAAAGUAUCGAUUUUUCAGGAUGCUAUUUCUGAUUUCGAUGAAUGCAAGAGAAGUACAUUAGUCAUAGAAGAAAAGCUUCGUCAAGUGGAGACCGCGAAAGAGAUGGUUUCCAUCAAGAACGAGGAACUUCAUAACGAGCUGAGCAAUAUAAAGGAAGAAAACGAGCAAUUUCGGAUGAAGCUUCAUAGCCUCGAGGAGGAGAAUAUCGAGAUCUUAAAGAAAACACGAGCACUUGAAGAGGAACUAAAGUUGAUGAAGGAGAGGGAUAAUAAUAAACUUCAUAAAGAGGGCACAAAAAGUCGUAACUCAGCUGGCCAGAAGUACCAUUCUGUUUCUUCCAAGAAGCCAUCUACUAACUGUGAGGUAGUGACAAAGGAAAGGUACGAGAGAACAAAAUCAUCGCUCGAGACCGAGCUCAGAGAACUCAAAGAACGAUACCUGCAAAUGAGCCUAAAGUAUGCAGAAGUCGAGUCCGAACGUGAGGAUCUUGUCAUGAAGCUCAAAGCAAGCAGAGGAGGAAGAAAGUGGUUCACUUGA